UUUUUUUUUAAAUAGUGAACUUGGUGGUAUUGUUGUCAUCUUUUCAGCAGUUUCUUCAGACUUUUUAACAAUUACCGAGCUCCAGCGGUAUUGUGUCCUCUAUCCAUUUAAUUCAAUGAAUACCCAGACCCAGUACGAAAAUGUCUCGAGAUAAAAUAAACUUAAUGUUAGACAACAAAAGAUACAUAAUAAUAAUUUAAGACUGAGGCUGAAUUUUAUUUUAUAAUUUGUUGGCGUAUUUAAAAAUAAGGAGGGCGAUCCUUCCGGCAGCCUGUUCUCGGUAGCCUGCAUUCUCUUACUCUUGGUUGUUACUCGAUAAGCAAUCUGCGUCUUUCGCGAUCGUGACGCUCCGCUGAGAACCUCUAGCAGCGUAGAAGCUCUAGCCAGGCAUCGUGAAUGGCCCGCGAGUGAUUCGUAACAGCCCCUCCAACCUCUCUACUCUAGACUCUACACUCUCUGUACUCAGUAUUCUGCACGGACAAUGUUGUAGGUAAACUCUAUACACUGGCUGAGGCCAUUGUCUUCCAUUUGUAAGGCUUAAGGCCUUGUGCUCUUCUGAAAGAUUGACCAGUCUCGCGAGUUUUGCUCCGCGGAUCGUUCGCGCACUAGUCUCUAGCUCACAUCACACUCAACACUUUACACUCCACAUAUCCAUACAUCCGAGAUCUGGAAAAUCUAUCAUUAGAAUGUGCAAGUGUCAAGUGAGCUCUCGAUAGUGAUGGAACUUAACAAUUAAAUUUAUAAAAAAUAUAUAUAUUAAUUAAAAAUAAAAUGAUAUCAAGUGGUGAGUCGAGAUGUCGGGCUCCGAUUCUACCUCGCGUUGAGGAUCUGGAGCGUAGCCCGGAAUGGAUGGCCCUCACGUACGACAUCAAUAAUCUCGAGAGAAUGAAAUCAGUGGGUGGCGCGCGGGCUGGGAAACUUGAGGACGCAGCAACAGCUACGGCAGUAAUAACAUCUAGUGCAUCCCUGGGUUUACCGCCACGACAGCUGACAAACAGCCGUCCGGAGUCGGAGGUCAACGAGCCCCAGGUUCUCUGCGUCCGUAUCACCGCCAACCAACGUUUAGAUUUGUUAAGUCGGGAUUCAAAACCUCACAGCUCAAACCCCAGCCCCGAUUCCACUCCCAGUUCAGCUCAAUCUCCCCGUCAUUAUCAUCAGCAGUAUCAGCAGUGGAGUUGGAAACCACGUACAGAGUUCGAACGAAGUUACUUCACUGACAACAGUGUCCCUGACAUUGAUAAAGUGUCUGCGCAAAGUGAGAACAGCCGAUCGUAUCGCACCUCCCAAAGUCCCGUGGAUCCAGAUCGGCUGCUGAUAAACUCGGUUAAAAAUGGUUUUAAAAAAGACUGGAACCGAUCAUCAAUAAAUGCUUUUUAUAAUAAUUCUAAUAAUAAUAAUAAUAAUAAUAAUCGUCAUCAUCGUAGUAAUAAUAGUGGUAUUGGUAAGGAUUUAGAAAGUUUUGAUGAUGAUAAGAGCCAUAGAUCGUACUACUCAAGCCCCGAGUACUCGGGGCAACCCGAUAAACGUGAUAUCUUAUUUAAUCCUGGAUCAGACGAAUUUCGUGGUAGUAGAGAGCGACUACAUGAGAUAUUUGAACACAACAGACUUUUGAGAAGGCGGUUCUUUGCCGAUGAUGCUAAUACUAAUCUAGUGGAUGAGCCAGAGGCUGAGGAUGCUAAAGCUAUUGCUAAAGCGAAGGCUGCUCGAGGCGAAAGCAUUCAAGGCUGUGCUGACGUAACUGAUACAGACAACAUACGGGUCUGCACGGAUAUUAUGAAAACCCGACUGGAACUGGAUAUGCAGCAACAGUCUAAACAUGUAACCAGCGGGUUUGGUAGCACCGAAACUCUGACAAGCCAGAGUAAUCAAUCAGUCAGCAGCAAUGGACGUAAGUCACGAGCCGACUUUGAUAAUUCAAUAGACUUUAUUCCGGACUUUAAAAAGGAUACACCCUUUGAUAGAUAUCCCAUCUCGGUUCCCGAAUACGGAGGCUAUCAGAACCAGCGAUUGGCUCUGAAACACGAGGAAAUACCACAGGAUAAUCGAUCUGUCGGGUCUCGGGAGUGCGCCAGACGGCACAGAGGCUCUGGAUUACCGACGAUUCAAACUACGGAUUAUGUGGAUUGUUCCAGCGGCGGAGAAAAGUUCUUUGCUACUUACGUCAGGAUUCGAGACUCUCCUGAGACACGAGUAUCUCCACCCCCAGCACCUCUCGCACCGCUACGUAGAAAAUCCAGUAAACCAGCCCCUCUCGAUCUCACGGAUCUCAACGCCAGACAUUACGAGAUCCAUGAACGUCAGAGCGUGAUGAAGAAUUAUAUGGCGCUGGAUACGACUUUGUCUUUACCACCGACUUUGUGGAACGAGCAAAAGCACAAUAAAAUUUUAAACUACCCGACUUACGAGCUGGCACUCAGCGAUGCGAAAAGCUGCUCUAGAACCGCGAACGACGACAGAGACAGCAGAAGCAGCAGGAACACCGAUGAUCUAAGAUCCCCCCAGCUUGUCAACAGUUUCAGCAACUCAAUGCUCGACCAGUUGGUACCAGAGCCCUCUGAUGCCUCAGUUGAUGGUUCAAGGAUCACGGACCGCGGAAAGUCAAUUGACUCAACACAACCCGGAACCGGAAGCACGCUUCCAUUGGUCUACGGUCCCAUUCCGUACAAAUCACCGAGACGAUAUGUCGAGGGUGAGGUGACGAUUCAUUAUCGUUCUCCAGUCCGUGCGGAAGCUAAGGAAAUUCUUAGCGAAGAAGAACUUGCUCGCAGGAGUGCCGAGAAUAUGCGCCGAGUUUAUCAGGAGGAGAGACGGAGAAAAUAUCUCCAAGAGUUGCACGACAUAGAUUCGCGUCGGCAUACUGAUAAUUUUAUACCAUCGCAAAAGUCUCCGAUACCAUUGAAUCGGUACGACGAUUUUGUGGAUGACAUGAGUUAUAGAAGUAGAUCUCAAGAGCAAACUCCCGAGCCGCGACUUGUCGCACGAGCGAUGUACAAUUUUGUGGGACAGACAUCGCGUGAAUUGUCAUUCCGGCGAGGUGACAUAAUUCUCAUUCGCCGGCAAAUUGAUAAAAAUUGGUACGAAGGUGAACAUAAUGCCAUGCUCGGCCUCUUUCCUCUAAAUUAUGUCGAGGUUUUGCCGUUUGAAGGAAUGAGAUCGACCCCGAAAAAACCCUACGAGGGUCAAGCACGUGCUAAAUUUAAUUUCAUCGCUCAGACGAACCUCGAGUUGUCUCUUGUGAAGGGAGAGCUCGUUGUGUUGACAAGAAGAGUUGAUGACAAUUGGUUCGAAGGACGGAUCGGCAGUCGCAAAGGCAUAUUUCCUGUUACGUAUGUUGAAGUUAUCAUGGAACCAGGACAACACCGACCCGAAACACCCGUCUCCAGUAAACCAGUUGCUUCCCCAGCAGCUCACAGCAUGCUGUCCAAUGGUACUGCCAGCGGUAAAUUGAGCAUGGGGCCUCAUCACUACACCCCCUCGAUACCUGUUAAAACUACUACUACUGAGCCUCAAUAUAUAUCACUGCCACGUAUUGGUGUCACUGAACGCAACAAAUUGCACGUUGCACCUGUCAACGAAACAUUGCACAUCGACACACACUCGGAUACGUUACCGUACCGAGCGCUGUACAAUUAUCGGCCGCAGAACGAGGACGAGCUGGAAUUGAAAGAAGGCGACACAGUCUUCGUGAUGGAAAAAUGCGACGACGGAUGGUUCGUUGGUUCAAGCCAAAGAACUGGUUACUUCGGCACCUUCCCGGGAAAUUACGUCGAGCGAUUGUGAGACGAGGCGAGUCCUCGCUGGCCCGUCCCCGCGAGGAGGUACCGGUUCCCCAAGAGUGUGCCCGUUGAAUUACCAAAGGAGUCAUCGAGAAAAAUCGAGUAUCGCUGUUAGUUAAUCCAACAUUAACAAUAAUUAGUUAAUAAUUAAUAACACAAGUCAUUAAUAAAUUUAUUUUCAUUGUUCAUUAUUAUUAUUAUAUUAUUUAAUUAGAUAAUUAAAGCUUCAAAGGUCUUCCACGACUUAUUUUUUACGUCGGAAUAUUAUUUGAUAGCGUAGCAUUACACCAAAUAAUAAAAGUUAAUAAUUAACAUUUAAGUUUUAAUUAAUUGAUUUACGAACUAACGUCUAAUGUGUAAGUAGUGUAAGAUAUUUAUUGUUUACUUCCAUUGAGAUGUCUCGGAAGUAAAAUUUAUUAUUUAAAUUACAAUAAUGAUGACGCGGUUUGUUGGAAUUAGCAAUUAAAU